AUGGGAUUCGUUACUUAUAAGAGCAUGGUUACUGGAGAGAGUAAUGGCAUGCUACAGGAGGAGGAGGAGGAGGUUGAGAUCGCAGAGCAAGAUAAAGAUGGAGACUUUGAUUUGGAAGGGAUCAAAGUUAAAGAGUGCAAGAUUGGAGGGUAUGAUUGUCUGCAAAUUAUACUCUCAAAAUAUGAAGAAAAAAGAAUCCAAAGGCCUUGGAGACGUGGAGUUAUUGUGAAGCUGCUUGGAAGGAAAAUAGGGUACAAGGCAUUGGAAACAAGAUUGAAACAGAUGUGGGUGAGGAAGGGAGUUAUUAAUAUAAUUGAUUUGAGCCAUGAUUAUUAUUUGGUGGCUUUUACACAUGAAGAUGAUAAGAACGCUGCCCUUGCUGAUGGUCCGUGGUUUAUAUAUGACCACUAUUUGACGGUUAAAGAAUGGUCACCUGAUUUCCAUCCAGAAAGUGAUGCAAUCGUUAAUGUUGCUGUGUGGAUCAGAAUAUCAGGAUUACCGGUAGAAUAUUAUGAUCCUAAAGUUCUACAUGUCAUCGGAGAUUUGGUUGGACGUACAGUCAAAGUGGAUAAGAAUACUCUCCAAAGAGAACGAGGGAAGUAUGCGAGAAUUUGUGUUGAAGUAAACAUUUCCAAGCCAUUACUUGCUAUGUUUUCAAUAAAAGAUAGUAGCUAUAAAAUUGAAUAUGAGGGGUUGCACCUCUUAUGCCUUACUUGUGGAAAAUUUGGGCAUUAUAAGGAGGGAUGUUCUCUGAAGAUUAAAGGAAAGGAAAUUGUUACUGAGCAAGGAGAUAAAGGCAAAAGUGUUGGAGUGCAGAUAGGGGGUACGACCCAGGGAGGAAUGAGUAUAGACGAGGGACCUUGGCAGGUGGUUCAAAAACAAAGGAGAGGAAGGAAGACUGUGGAGGUGAAAAAGAAGCAGCCAACAGUGACAUCAUGGGUUUCUAAGUCAGGAUCUAGAUUCUCUUCCUUGGGUGCUGACGUUGGAGAAACAAGUGGAUUGAAAAGUGCAAGUUUGCAGGUGGCAGAAAUUGAAAAGGAAAUUCAUAAUGAGGUUUUAAAUGGAAUAAAUAAGGUGGUUAUUAAUGGUAAUGAUGAGCAAUUAAUUUUGUCGGAUAUGGACACGAGAAUUCAUGAUGAGCCAAUUAUGGGAAAUCAGAAUUUUGUCAUGGGGACCACAGGAAGUGCUAGCAUAGUGGCGGACAAACAGAAGACAUUAAAUAAGGGGGGCAAAAGGUUGAAACAAGUGGAUCAAAAGGGUAGGAAUAAAAGUAGUAGUAAACUAGCUACACGUGGCAAUAACGGCUUUAAAGAGAAACAUUCUGAAUUAAAAAGGCGCACUAUUGAGGAUAUUUAUGGGAAAAGACAAAAUUUGGAAUUUCUUGAGAAUAGCCAUAUCUCCAUGCAACCCAUGCAGAAGACCCAAAAACACACUCAGGUGAGGGAAAUGGAAGAUUUCUUGACCGAAACAAUUAAUGAUACUGUUAAUGAGUGUAUAGUAACCACACAACAUGCUACACGUCCACCUGAUCAAGACAAGACUGUGGAUGUUUUGACUACUAAUUCUUUAGUGGAAGGGGCUGUUAUCAAGGAGACAAUUACCGAAGAGGAUGAGGAAGUAUACGAGAGUAUCAAGGGGAUGGAGGAGGAGGCCGUCAAGGAAACUCCUUUGGUCUGA